ACUAUUUACAGCUGUCUAUACUAUAUUUAUAAUAUAUACAAUAUGUACAAUACCAGUUUAACAUGGUAUCAAAUUUAAUAUAUACAACUCCCAAUGAAAACACUAGUUUAAUAUUCUACAAUAGCUUACCAAUAAUAAUUACUAACAUACUAUAAGUAUAUUUAAUCUUUUUCUUUCUAAUUCUAAGUAUUUUGUAUACCUAUCCACUUAAAAAUCACCUAGUAUAUGUUUACUCCUUAAUAUUAAUAUUAAAUAACAUGCAACUGUCCAAUCCUGCGAGCACUGUUUAUCUAUGUCUAUUCAAAGUAAGAGGCCAAGACACAAAAAGAAGAAUUCAUAAUUUGACUUUCGACAGUGUAUACGAAAAAUUCUAAAUUGACAGAAUUUGACAGAAGUCAACCAAAAAAAUAUGAAAAUGUUUAAUAAUUGCAAAGAAAAUGCCGAAAAUAACCACACACCCUUUAAAAAUAAAUAUACCACGGUUGAAGCAAAUUUAUUACACGUUGAGCGCCAAUUUAUUAUGUUACUCCCUCGUCUGAUAGGGGGUGAAAUUUUAUAUAAGCUAGCUGGAGCAUGUCAAUAAAGGAGACACACUCCAUGAUUACAGCAUUCCUGUUGCUAUGGGAUCAUUGCUUGCUUAUGACGAGACAAGAACUAGAGCCUGGCUAAGGAUUGACGCUAUAACCGAGAUAGCCGACCUAAUUGCUAAAGUGAAGUCAACCGGUUCCAAUGACCCAUUGAGUAGAGAUCUCUGUAGAUACGGAUCCAUAGUCCCAGUCUGGUCAGUUAAGGAUCGCACUUCCAUUGGUCAUCAAGUAGCAGCACAAGUCAAGAUCAACAACCUAAUCCGUGUUAAUGUGCCAAGCGUUGACGAUGUCAUCAAUGUGUAUCUGUACAUCGCUGAUCUGGCUGAUAGAUACAAAACUGUCAUUAACAUAUUGGAUCCUCUGGAAAUGCUAACUCUCACUAAAGCUUAUGAACUUGACCAAGCAUGGCCAAGUGCCAUAAGUAAGCAAAAAGCCAUGCUAGCUGCCAUCAACAUUUAUCAUUUACCUCCCUCUCUUAUUGAUGAUUCUAUCGAUUUUAAACAACAUGAAACAUACACUAAUCUCCAGACCUUGAACGGAGACGUCGUAGAAACUAAUAGUCUUGUUGCUCAUAUCUCAACAUCAGAGGCCCGAAUUCGCCAGGAAUGGCCUGCAUUAUCUGAUACCUCAAGACUGGUGUUUUGGGAGAUUAAGGCCAUUAGUCGUGCUAGUGAGAAUGCUAGGUUCUCUACAGCAGCAAGUUUAUUAUAUGUCACUGCAUUAUGUCGGGGAGGUUCAGUAACCGAUGCUUGGGUCAACUCUAGAGCAGCUCGUCUCGAAACUGAGGCUAAUGUUACUAACUUAGCUGCUCUCCUAUCACCAGAGUUGAUUCUGAAAUUCUUCAACACAUAUCCCCGUGAUGUAAUGUCUGAGGAGGAUGUGUAUGGUGCUUUACUGGCUUCAUACACAUUAUUUGAGAAUAAUAACUUCAAGUCCCUGAUGUGGAUAGUAGAACAGUCAGCUGCUCAGAACAUCGCUCCAGCCACAGCAUUAGCUGAUAUUGUGUCACGAACUAAGGGAGUUGACGUUGAUUAUCUGAUGGACAUGAUCCCGUUCUCUCAAUUCCAGGCGGUUGCUGAAUUAGUAGCUCAUAUUAUCUAUAACAGAUUCUGUAGCUUAUCUAAGACUCCUGUUCACCAAGCUAGAUAUGCUGACCUUGCUUACAUUGGCGUUGUAUUGCACCUAAACAUGCCUGAUGUUAGGUGUUUAAGAAAUGCUAAUUUUAAGAAUGAAAAUUUUAAACCUGUGAUGCAAUAUGAAUUUUUUAGAAAAUAUUUCUCAGAAAAUUUUAAUAUUACAUUCGGCAGUCCAAAAUCUGACACGUGUCAAAAAUGUGACAAACUGAUUAAACAAAUUGACUCCGCGGAAACAGAAAAUGAGAGAAACACUCUACAGGUAGAAAAAUCGCUUCAUGUUGCGAAAGUACAAACUUUCUACGAAGAUCUUGAACUUAAAUCAGAACUGUCUAGAACUACUGCUCACAAGUUAUAA